UUUAUUUUUUUCUUUCAUUGUAAGAAAUUAACAGAAACAAUACGAGCCGAUGCGAUGCAUGAUAUGGAAUAAAUAUGUAACAGUAUGUCUUAUCAAGAGAGGUGGAGUCACAGGAAAAUCGGAUCUCUUUUCAUUCUCUUCCUCUCUUUUUCUCUCUUUCUCUCUCUUUGUCUCUUUUUCUCUCUCUUUGUAGAUGGGCGACGUUGGACACCAUUACGCUGAAUCGUGGCUGUAGAUUGGUCGGUCGGCUGCUGGUGGGAACAGAGCUUAUCCGGUUCGACUAACUGCGCCCCACCAAACUCGUGAACCAAGCUAGUCGAUUCUAAUGUCGAAAUACACGCGAGGAGGGAACUGAUACUACACGAGAGAAGCCUGUUAAAUUCACAUCGCAACAUUCUCGAUAUCGACAUCAAAGGAAAACAAGUUCAGCGCAUCAAACAACGUUUCGUUCAGUUGAGUUAUUGAUUCGAUUUCGUAUAGUGAACAAUUUAUUUUUAAAUUCUAUGAUUUUUUAAAAAAUCUUGUGUUGUGAAAACAUACAUUCGCGUAUUGUGUAAAACUUCCAAUAUAAAAAAAAAGAAGACAUGCCAUCAUUUCAUGACGAUUUUGUCGCGGGUGAACCUUCGAAUCUCAGCAACAUCACCAACAUGAUGCAUUAUAAUCAAAGUAACUUUAGUGUCCCGUAUCGCCAGCAACAGCAACAGAUCGCGAAUAAUCAACAGCAACAAUUAAUAAUGCAGCAAGCGCAGCAACAGACAUCAAUGCAACAGGUUCAACCGCACGCGGUUGCCGCCGCCGUCAUUGAUGGGAGCCACUGGUAUGGAUGUUCUCACAGACCUAUACCAGCGACACCAGCUCUGCAUCCUCAGCAUCAGCCGAAUGCGCACACACACACAAUUUCCUCGCAAUUCUUUAAUCAUGCCGAAGUGCUCUCUGGAUGGUCUUAUCCUCAUUACUCGCAAUAUAUUCAGUAUCCACAACAACUGCAUCAUCUUCAACCGCAGUCGCAACAGCACUUACAAUCAAACUCAGCGCAGCUGCUCAUUCAUCGUUCGUUGCUAGAUAAUCUUAACGAGUCACAUUCCUCGCCGGAACAGAAUAUACAGCAACAUUCGUCACCUCAACAACUUUAUUCGCAACAUUCAUCGCCGGAGCAGAAUAUACAGCAACAUUCGUCACCUCAGCAACUUUAUUCGCAACAUUCGUCGCCGCAGCAAAAUAUGCAGCAACAAUCGCCACCUCAGCCGAUCUGUUCGCAACAUUCGUCGCCACAGCAAAACAUGCAGCAACAUUCACCACCUCAAGAACUCUGUCCACAACAUACGUCACCGCAACAGAAUUUACAACAACAUUCGCCACCUCAACAAAUCUGUUCGCAACAUUCGUCGCCGCAGAAUAUGCAGCAAAGUUCACCACCUCAGCAACAUUAUCAGCAGCAUUCGUCACCGCAGCAACACAUACAAAUUUCGCCACCGCAACAACAGUGUCAGCAACAGCCAUCACCGCAGCAUCAUGUUCACUGUGGCCAGCGUCAAAUUUCGUUAACCAAACAACAGCUUCAAAGAUACCAGAAUUCAUCAUCUACAAGUUCUUACAGACAGCAAAUGUUAUUGCAUGAGUGGGGUAUCAGACAUGAGAAUGGCGGAAUGCCGAUUUUAAAUCCGCAUUCAUCAAUAUCCGUCAAAGUAAAUAAUGUAAGUGACAAUAUAAACAACAACGUAGAUAGUAACAUGAGUGGCAGUAAUAGUACGGUGUCCCCUAAUAAUCCAAAUGUGAUGUACGAUGUGGACUUACCGUGUACCUCCGGAUAUAAUAUCAACCAGUCAUCGACAUCCGCAGCCAUACCAUCUACGUCGAGAGAAAUGUCGGCCAUAGCAUCUACAUCGAGAGAAAUGCCGGCCAUAGCAUCUACAUCGAGAGAAAUGCCGGCCAUAGCAUCUACAUCGAGAGAAAUGCCGCCCAUAUUAUCUACACCCAGAGACAUGUCGGCUAUACCGUCGACAUCAAGAGGACUACCGUCCACUUCUAGGCGUCAACCAUACGUUUCCAGAAUGCCGCAUGGAAGAAGAAGUCCAUACGAAUGGAUGAAGAGAUCAUCGUACCAGAGUCAACCGAAGCCAGGAAAAACUCGCACGAAAGACAAGUAUCGUGUGGUUUACACUGACUAUCAAAGACUGGAGCUUGAAAAAGAAUUUCAUCUCAACCAUUACAUCACGAUCAAACGUAAAGCUGAUCUUGCUCUUCAGCUCAAUCUGACAGAACGACAAGUGAAAAUCUGGUUCCAGAACCGACGGGCGAAACAGCGGAAACAGAUGAAGAAGCAGGAGGAGCAGCGAACGAGGGAUCAGCUGCGGCAGCAAGCGCAGGUAGUCACCGCCACCACGAACGUCGUGGACACGACGACCGGCGGAAUGGCGAGUUACGCCGGUGGAGAAAUGGGAGGGAUGCUGGGCGGCCUGAUGCACGCCAACGGCGGCGCUUCCUCUUCGUCCAUGGCCAUGUCAAUGCAGGCAGCACCGCUCCUGCCAACAUUGCCCGCGUGGAUGUCGACAUCUCCGUCCACGUCGUCCGCGCAACCCACGCAACCCCCCGUGCCACCGCAGCCCUUAUCGCAGCCUUUAUCACAACCCUUAUCGCAACCCUUAUCGCAACCCUCCUCGCAGUCCCUGACACAAUCUUCAUCUCUAUCGGCGCCUCUGCAUCCGUCGGAAAUAAUAGCCCUGAAUACGGUGCUUAAUCCAUCGCACUCAUCAGCACCGUAAUACAAUCUAAUUUCGGGGCGUGCGGAAACCCUAUUGUUCUCAAAAGGAUGAAUAGAACUUAACUUUUGAGACAAAGAUAAUGAGUGCAACAACGAUGGGGGCGAAUGCGAGUGGAUAUCAAGACGGUCCAUUACCUUGUUCGUAUCGUACUUUAUUUAUUACAAGACGAAAUCGAAAUAGUUCGUGAUCGGGCGAAUGGAAUGUCUUAUAUUCACUUGCAUGUUCCUCAUCCGUCUGUGAUAAGCGACUCUAAUCAACGAUUCGUGGAUGUGUAUAUAUGUAUAUACAUA